AUGGACCACAGAUGGAAUCCUGCAGGCAGCCACGAACCUCCUCAAUCUCCACACUUUCAUUCAUACCAACAAGAGAAGCUUUUCUGUCUGAAAAAUAGCUCCGCCAAAGAGCAAUUGCCGGACAACCAAGCUCCUCCAGCCGUUGCACCACCCGAUUCCAGCUUAGGCAUUGUCAUUACAAAUCAACAAAAUAUCAUCAAAUCACAGAAUUUCCACCUACAACAUCAGCCGCACUACAGCGACGCGGGCGCACGCCGAGACGGUCAAACUGUCGCCGCGUCUGCGCCUGCGUCGGCAGCGGUGCCGUCUACAGGUCACAGCAUAUCAACAGCACAUCGCGUGACAAGCAGCGAAAGCGUUGCGUGGAGGUCAGUAGCUGACAAUAAGCUGCCAGUGUCGCAGCUGGCUGCCGACGAGCAGCAAAAACAACAAACACAACAAAAAUGUGCCAAAUUUAAUUGUGUAGCCGUCGCAAAGACAAAUGUGGGCGCACACCACUACGCCUCCACUCUUUCCUCUUCAAACGCUGCGCACUCUCUUGCGGGUGCAGCGCUCAGCAGUCAAGCAACAAAAUCAAAUUACUACAAUUAUAAUAGCCAAAAACAAGACGAACAUCUGCAGCAGCCAUUCAAAUUGGCCGGGCUGCGCACGCGUUUUGAUGCAACAGGCGCGCCAGGUCUAGGGCGUAGCGAAAAGCUUUCGGCGCUUGAAACUCCGACCAACUUACAAGAACGCCAUGAGGGCAGCAAUAAUAAGAAGACAGCAGCGCGUGCGCAAUGGUCGCAGUUGCUGAAGUCACAGUCUAAAGAACACCAGCGAGUGCAUGUGGCGCACAAAAGCCAACACAAGGAGGUGAAGCGGCACCGCGCGCUGGCGGCUGAUGAAUUUUGGAGAGCGCAUGAGAGCGCGCAGAAACUGCGCUGGGCACAUGAAACUAGCGCUGCUAUUAAACGUCGCCUACGACGUUCCACCGAUGCCAUAAUAUUGUUGCCUGCGCUGAAUUUGGACGCUGCUGAGCAAGUUGACAGUAUGAGUGCAGAAAUACUGAAUGAUGAGCGCGUGCACGUGGCGCGUCGCUCAAUUAGUGACAGCAGCAGUGAGAGCGCCGGUGUAGCGACUGCAAGCGCCACAACACAAGUUGAAACGUCAGCGCAAGUCGCCACAUCUUCGGCUUCCACUGAUGUCGCUGUGUCUACGUCCGCUGCGGUGGUUUCUUCCUCCUCCUCGCUGUCUACAUCCUCUCUCGAGGACUUUAGUUUCUCCUCUCCCGUUGUUGACACGCAACCUAGUGUCAUCUAUCGCAACUCAACAACGAAUCAGCUUGUCGCUGAUGACGCUAAACCCAUUCAAUAUGUUGCGCUCAAGUCGAAGCGCGCACGCUCGGCUGUAAGCGUUAGUGUGCCCGCCGAGGUGCUUCGUAAGCCUAAGGAACCGAUUAUCAUUAUCGAUGAUGUGGAGGAAUUCGAUAGCGGUACAAAUAGUGAGCACGACUUAACCGCUAUGGCCACAGUUGAUGAUAAAAGCGAAGAUUACUCACACGAUGAGCCAAUUGAGCCGCGCAUGUUGCCGCUACGUCCAGUGCUGCCCAAUCCGUAUGAAGAUGAGGAAAUGUCAGUUGUUUAUGCGGAGCAACAUUCCGAGAUACGGCUGAUGUGCGAGGUCGACUUGGAUAUUGCGUCCAGCACGUGGUACAAAAAUGGACAGGUGGUACAUGCCAUGGAUCGCACUUCACGCGCCACCGAUUAUCGUUUCAUUAAGGAGCCAAAUGGUGCUCUCACCAUCACAAAUGUCAUGCUCGAGGACGAUGGCAAGUGGCAAUGCGAGGCGGAGAAUUCGCGCAGAUACACGGAGAAUGCGAGACCCGUCAAAUUGGUAGUAUUAGAUCGCCCGAAGCCACCGUAUUUGUUGAUCGAUUCACGGCGCCUAGAUGCAGGCAAUAUUUUUGUACCGGUCAAAGAGAAUUCCGAAUUGAAUUUGGCUUGCGUGAGUGAAGGUGGCAAUCCCAAACCGACACUCACAUGGGAGGUGUUACUCAGUCCCGGCGUGGACCGACAUGCGCAGAAGGUGUCCGCUGAAGUAUUGGAACUGGAAGAAGUAAAGAAUGACAAGGACAAAAACGCAUACAAAAUCAAUGGCGGCGCGAAAAGUGAGGCCCGCUUGCCGGCUGUCUACCGCGCCCAUCACAAUGCUCGCAUUCUGUGCGUUAUGGAACAUCCGACGUUGAAGAUACGCCAAAAUGCAUCACUGCUGCUCGAUGUGCAAUAUACACCUUCAUUCGCCAUUUCACGCACACCCGGUUUCGGCUAUCCGCUGCGCGAAGGCAUCGAAGUUUCGCUGAAAUGUGAUGUUGACUCAAAUCCGCCGAGCACGCCGCGUUGGCAGAAGGACGAUGGUGACACGCCGGUUCCACAAACUGGCGAUGGUUUCCUGAACUUCACAUCGAUACGUCACGAACACUCCGGCUGGUAUAAAUGCACGUCACGACAUUUGAACUUUCAAUACUCAUCGAUUGGCUAUUAUUUGAGUGUGCGAUAUGAUUCAGUUGACGUCACUUCCGAGCCGGACGAUCAAGAUGUCUCAGUCGCAGCGGCCUCUCAUAAUCCCAAUAAGGGACAGCUGGAAGUGCAAUUAGGUGGCGCAGUGACGUUACAGUGUCCGCAAGGUUCCUUAGGCUGCUGGUCGCAUUUAGAUCCGGUAACCGCACGCUUACGUGGCUUAGGUCAUGGUCUAACCACUCCCACCGGUCAAUUUUCACUCAAGGAUGUUGUCUACCACGAUGCGGGCACCUACAAAUGCAUCGGUCAAUCGCCAACGAAUAAGAAGAAGCUGGAGGUGCUGCAGACGGUGGGCGUGACGGUGAAAGGCUCUCCCACCGUUGUGGCGCGCAACUCGACACCAGUCGCCUACCCCGGCUCGCCGUUGCAUUUAGCCGUAGAAUUCUGUGCCAAUCCGCCCGCGCAUGCCGCGCGCUGGCUGCACGGCGAUCGUGUCUACACGCCCGGCAAUCAAUAUGGCAGCACUGUGCUGGCUUACGGCGUAACGGACCUGCCCACACCGUACUGCAAGGAGGCGCGCCUCACCUACGUCAGCAUGCACGAGCGCGUGCCGCGCACUUUCUACUUCAUCGUUUCGUCGCCCGGCGGCGUGGCCGAGGCGACAUUCAAAGUCAACUUUACCAUGCGUUAUCGCGCCGUCUCCAACACGGUGGACGAUGAGGAGGAAGAGCUGAGCGAGCCCGAGGAAAUACACUUCCCGGUGUUCGGUGCGGGUGCGGCGGCGCGUAGUGCGCGUCGGCAGCUUGACUGCGCCGGCGCGUUAACGUGCAUACUCACAACAUUUGUGCUGCUGCUGUGCAAUGAGCGCGCGCAUAGUAGGCGUGGCUGGAGUUAGGUGGUGUGUGUUAAUUUCGUUUGGGUUUUUUUGUAAUAUUUUCGUUUUUAGUUUUUAUUCAUUUUUAACUAACGCAACUUCAAAACUAGCUUGUAAUGCCAACUGUAUGUCAAAAGAGAGAGAGAGAGAGAGAGAGAGAGAGUAUUAGCGAAUACUAUAAAAUCAAAUUACUACUAACGUCUAACUAUAUACACAUACACAUAUAUAUUUAUAUAUAUAUAUGACUAUGCUAGAAUAUCCUAAACCUUACUAUAUAAGCGUAUAUUUGAGCAAAAACGAAAAGAAAAACUUGCAAUUUUCCAAAAUGAAUAUGUGUGCUAUCCUAUCCUUAACUAAACUAAACUAAACUAUAUUGUAUACAUACUGCAUACCCCCACUAUCACAUACAUGCAUGCUUAGUUGACUAAGUAUAUACUUAAGUACAUUAUAUACUAGCAUUGAACUAUGUAGCUCAAAACAAAAAAACAAAAAAUACAUUACUUAAUCCCCUUCCGCUAGCCAAGUGUAACUACUUUAGUAACUACUUACAACCUAAGCACUUGCUAACUACAUUAUAUGGUACAUACAUACAUUACCUAGUUAAGUAACGACUUCGGUAAUUAGUUUUCUAAGGUUGCGGCAAAUCAUUUUUAGGUUUUUAGGCUACCAUACUAACUAUCAACCUACAAAUGUAUUUACUACUAGUUGCGUAAACAAAUAAAUGUUCUUUUAUUAGUCUAACGCAGCGAUGUUGAGCAAAUAGCCUGCUGCGCGCCAAAAAGUGUGCUAAUCAUUAAGUUGAUAUCAAACUGUGUACGUACAUCUUUUGCAUACAGUUAUAAGCCGUUAUAAAAUAACGCUUCGCCUAUUAGUUAUUAAUUGCUUGUUUAAAAGUUUCAAUGUACAGCUUAUGCACUUUCAAAGCAUAGUUUUAGGCUGCCGAGUUUUUUGUGUGGUUCGUUAGUACAUUGUAGCGCCUAUGCUCUGGAAGGAGACUUAACGAAGUUGCUGCCAAAUUAAAUUAAGUAGUGUAAAAAUUAGUUCUUAAAGUGUUUUAGUUGUAACUUAGAAAAAAACAUUAAAAAUGCUCAACCGCAACA